UGUAGCGGCAUUUCAUCAGUGCAUUUUAUUGAUGCGUGUGUGUGUAUGAGGGGGAGUCUGUGCAUAGGUUUUGGUAUCCACUCACUACACUCAUUCUGUACAUAACUGUAUAAGUCACUGCAAUGAACACAAGCCAGUGCGGCACUCUCUGUGUUCUGAUAUAGAAAUACACAACUUGGGAGAAACGUACGGGUCCGUGGAUGGAGUGCGCCGUUCAUUGAAACGCUCAAGUGAAUUAAUUGUUUUGGGUGGUCGGAGUUGAUAUCGGCGGCUCCUUACACAAGAAGAUGAAACCAGCUAAGAGUUAUUAACAAGCGAUAGUGUCAUUAACACUGAGAGGUUACCGGUCAAGUUGAUCUCAAGCCGGAUUAUUUUUUUUCCUACCAUGUUUACAAUUUAUUGUUGAUACUCUCGUCGCCAGGAGUGAUGUCCACAAGGGAAGAGGCCCUAUGACAUUCUACCGAGUUAUCAGAAAGCCUUUGAUGAAUAAUUUUGUUCAGUGUCCACAUUCGCUUGUGGAAAGAUUUCGGCUUGAGUUGUUUGCCGUUCGCAUUUAGAGUGUAGAUAUGUUGACAUACAUCAUACGGCGUGUGAAUUGUGUUGGUGGUGCUGGUGAGUGACGCACUGUAGAUUAAUGGAUUCUCUACCAUGUAUAAUGCUGCUCAGGAAUUCAGGUACUCGGCCUCAAGUCUGAAGUGCAGUCUGGAGGGUCGCUGAGAAGUCACAUUUUUGGAUUACGUAUCGACGGGAUAGGUCGCCCAAAACCAUGUCUGGAAGCGACGCGACAGAAGAGGCGGAGAUGCAACCUUUGAACCCAUCCGGCGCCAGCGGGGCGUCGAUGGCCACCGACAGCGCCACCGAGGUAGAGAAAGCCAACACUCCAAGUCCAGAGAAGCCUGAGAUGCCGAUUGUACGCUCCACCCGCCAGCGAGUUGGUUUCUUAGUGGAUGAUGAUGAGGAUGAUGAGCACAGUGAACUUAGAAAGAAGGUCAAGAGUGAAUUUGCCAAAAUGAACGGACGGAACAGCCAUGAGCGGCUGCAGCAGCAACGCAUGAGCCUCUUAGGCAAACCGUUAGCGUACAGACAGUCCAAACGAGAUGCAAAAUUUCGCAAAGUGCAGACAAAGAUUUACAACUUUCUGGAGAGACCUACAGGAUGGUGUGCAGUCAUCUAUCACAUAUUGGUGUAA